GAAAAAGAAAGAAACGUCGUCGUUUGAUUUGGUGCGUGUUGACGAGGGGCAGAGUCGCCGGCUGAGGAUUUGAUAGAAAGGAAAGAAAAAGAUUUCUUCUUCUUCUUCGACUCAUUCAAAUCCAAAUCCAAACCCAAUUUUCUCACUUCAAAUUUCACAUCUUUUUUUGCUUUCUUCGCCGAUCCCACUCUCUGCUUCUUCGCGUCGCCGUUACUCGCUCUCUCAGAUGGCUGCAAAUUCUGGGAAUAUAUCAUUUGCAUCGUCUCAGUCUAGUUCACAGGUUCAUGGGGACACUGAUUCUGCCCAGGUUGCAGUGUGUUCUCAUUGCCAAAAGGCCCUAUCACCUGAUAAUGAAAUGGCAAGUGAUCUUGCUAGCAGUGGUGUGUGUGGUGAUUGUAAAUUUUUGUUACUUGAAGAUUAUGGGAGUCAUACAGUUAGCCAAAGCUCACGGAGGAGGCUUAGAGGAAGAUUUAGACACAACAGUUCUGAAUCCGUGGAGAAUAAUUUAUCACAACUGAUCCCCCAUAUGGUUAAUACUGUGAGGCAACAUCAAUCACCUGCAUAUGGGGAGGAUGAUCAACUUGUAGAUGGUGAUGCCUCUGCUUGGUCAGUGCAAUUUCCUAGUACACAUACUACCCCUAGUGGGUCUAGAAGGUGGAGGCAGGUUCUCUCUGACACUGACAGUGAUGGUUUUGAUAAUUGGAAUUCUCUUUAUGGUGACAAUGAAUCAAUUGCUAGUUUUAGACGCUACAGGGUUGGUGAGACUGAUUCUUUCUCUCACAGUGCUUAUGGAGGUGACUCUGAUAUCUCUGUGGAUGCACGUAGUUUUGUAGGCACUGGAAUCUUUAAUUUACCAGAUGAAAGAGAUGAGUUUGAUAGUGACACUGACAUAGAUCCUAUGCAUGCUGGCCUAAGCCAAUGGAUUACAGAUGAAGAGGAUGAGGAUGAAGAUGAAGACGAAGAUGACGAAGAUGAAGACGAGGAUGAGGACGAGGAUGAAGAUGAAGAUGAAGAUGGAGAGGAGGCAGAAGAGGAGGAUAGAGAAUGGGAAUUAGCUGAGACUGAGGAAGCUGAAGCCACAGCCCGCCUUCCAAUUUUUUUCACCUCAAGUCCACGUGAGGACAGGGAUCAAAUUCAUUGGCAACAAAGGUUUAAUUCAACUGAAUCUGAGGGAAUGUUCAGCCAGAUAAUCAGGGAUACCUGGCAUGCUUUGGAGGAUGUUGAUUUACCUCAUAGAGCAAACUUUGGGGAUUAUCUUGAUGUUAGACGUUUUGAAGAUCUGCUUGAGCAUCUUGCUGAGAAUGACAGCUCAAGACGAGGAGCACCUCCUGCUUCUGUGUCUUUUGUGAAUAAUCUGCCGCAUGUAGUCAUUGGCAAGGAACAUGAGAAACAUGGUGAACUAGUUUGUGCCAUUUGCAAGGAUGUCUUGGCACUUGGCACUGAAGUAAGUCAGCUUCCCUGCUCUCACCUUUAUCACAUUAAUUGCAUUUUGCCAUGGUUGAGUGCACGAAAUUCAUGCCCUCUUUGUCGUUAUGAGCUUCCAACUGAUGAUAAAGAUUAUGAAGAGGGAAAGCAGAACAUUGAUGCUAGAAAUGUGAUCCAUGAGAGGCAGCAAAUAGAAGUAACGGAUGAUAGCUCCUCCGAUGUUUCUGAUGGAGGCGAUGUGAAUGAAGAGGAUGAUACUAGUCAAGGUGGUAUAAGGCAGAGAGUUGUGAGCUCAGGUUCUACUGCGAAUUCCUCUGCAACAAGAAGUGGUAGAGGAAGAUGGUUUUUUCUUGCUGCAGCUCCAAUUGUCGGUCUAGUGGGCAUUGUUCUUGUCUUGUGGUUAGGUAAUAACUCUCAGAUUGAAGGGAGUAGACAUCUGGGUGGUCACUAUUUGGCUGGGCAAAAUCAGCAUGCUGUUCAUGCUUAUGCCUCUUCAAACCAGAGGGAGAGUAGAAGCAGAAGAUGGUGGUGCCCAUUUUAAGUGCCUCUCUAAAUGUUUAUCAAUAAUGCCUCAUCAUGGCCACUUGGGGUGAAAUUUUUAUCUGACUCAUGGCGUGCCUUGUGUCUUCACUAAUUUAAGAAGACAUGUAUAGAUUUUAGUUUGUAAUGCCUUGUCUGUUUUGUUUUCUUUCUUUUCUAGUUUGUGUUUCAAGAACCCAAUGUAUGAAUAUUUGAUAAUCUAUCGAUACUGUUUUACCGUGUUAGACCGAAA